GUACCGUUGCCUGCGGAUGUAUUUGGAGCUCUGAGGAAGGUUCAGCUGAUGGCAUGGUGCGUUACGGAAGCUUAUUAACAAAGAAAGAGCAAACGUCCCUCUAUUUACUUUAUUUCUAUUUAUCACUAGAACAUACUAUCUACAUGUACUAUCUUUUUUAAACAUUUACAUAUCCUUAGGUACCUACACUGGGCUAGUAACAAACUUCAAACACCUUUACCUUUACCUAUCCAUCUAAAGUAACCCCACCUAACCAUCCAGGUCGAUCGGUCAAUUAUGUACCGUGGAUUCAACCCGUUCGACGCUGACGAUCCGGCCGCUAUGUCGUACAUGGCCCGAUCCGGGAUGCGCGGCCCUGCCAUGCGCCGCUUCGACGAGUAUUUCCGUUGCUACCCGAUUAUCAUGGCCCCCGGGGCCGAACGACCGGAACUCAACUACGGUUCUAAGAUCUUUCUUCCCCCGUCUGCGCUUCAGAAGAUCUCUCAACUACACGUACAAUGGCCGCUUAUGAUGGAGUUGGUGAAUGGCGAGAAGGAGCGUCAGACUCAUGCUGGUGUGCUGGAGUUCGUGGCGGAAGAGGGCAGAGCGUACAUUCCACAAUGGAUGAUGCAAACGCUCCAGCUAGACGUCGGUGAUAUGAUCCAGAUCAAAUCGACAUCCCUCGAAUUGGCCAAGAUGGUCAAGCUACAACCCCAAUCUACGAAUUUCCUCGACAUUAGCGACCCCAAGGCCGUCCUAGAGAAAGCGUUCCGUAACUUCGCAACCCUUACAAAAGGCGACGUGUUCAACUUCGAGUACAACGACGAGGUAUACGAGGUGGCCGUCCUGGAGGUGAAGCCAGAAACCGAUAAGAUGGGUGUUUGUAUGAUUGAGACGGAUGUAUCAGUCGAGUUCGCACCUCCGGUCGGAUAUGUCGAGCCGCAGAAGGGCAGCGGUACUAGCACACCGAGAAGUACGAAGGGUGGCCUACCCGCCGGCGGGCUUAUGCAUCCCCAAGGCACAAUGGCCCAAUCCAUCAACUACGACGCUAUCGCCCCCAACGCUACUACGGCCGCGGUCGGAGCCAGAGCAGUUUCAUCUCAUUUCUUAAACGAGGGCCAUAAGCUCAACGCAAAGAAGGGCUCCAAGGCCCCAACCCCAAAACCGACGACUCCCGUUGCAGGCGCUUCCACAAACACCGCCACCGCCCCCCGAAGACGAACGAACGGCCCCAUGCCCCUUCGAUUACCCCCAAACAAACUGUUCUUUGGCUAUGAGAUCAAGCCAGUGAAGACGGAUGCAGAUAAGGAGGCGGAGAAAGAGAAUGCGAACAAGCCGCAAUUUGCGGGACAAGGUCAAACCCUUCGAGGUGCUGUUAAGCGGAAGGGCGAGGGCGAAGAUAAAGGAAAAGCACCCGAAAAGAAGCCUAGUGAGGGGCACCGACUUGAUGGACGAAAGGCGUGAUAAUAGAUAUGGAUAUAGGGAUAUGAACAGGCAAAGAAAGACAUGAUAUAAAUUGGGCGUUUGGGGAGUUGCUAGCUUAUAUUGCCAUAGUGCCAGCUAGCCUAAUGCGAUCAUGAUAUAUUUAUCGGAUAUCGCUGGAUCGCCUAGGUCGUACUGAUGCUCUAUCUAACGGAACAUCUAUCACGUAUAUAGAGCUCGAGGUCAGUCAUAGCCCUCGUCAAGCAGGUUAUUCUUCUAUCUUCAGCAGCUAGGUAGGAAUGAAAGCUCCGCUGCGCCUUAUUCGAUAGAUGGAGUCACCUCAAAGAGAUAGAGCUAUUAACCUAUGAGGCGAAUUUAAGCCCUCCUUUUCAUACUUCUAGGACACCCACUUCAUUAGUUGCGGUUAGACAUGGUUUUCCUUGUUGUUAGUCUAAGCUUAAGGUGCUAGGCUCUAUGUAUAAUACAAACCAGCUGUCGUUUAUAUCGCUGUCUGAUGGCAUAUGUGGAAAUCUCACUCCAAAUCCAUAUGACAAUUUGAUCGCGCCAGAUGGUGUCGAUGCCUUGGCUCGACGGGUACUGUUUGAAAUAACCCUUAGGUUAUAAAGCCGGCGUAGAAUUAAAGCGAACGAAGAAGAACGGUCUCAUGUUGUUCUACUAUGGGCAAGUAGGUAUUAUUCU